AGAGGCAAAGCUGGGAAAGGAGAGCAGCAGAGAAACAGGGCAGCAUCAGUCACUUUGGAGCUGUUCACACUGAACAGAGGAGGUGGGAGAUGAGCUGCAGCUGAACUCUCACUGGGCUGACUGACUGGACACCACUAACUGAUUGAUUUCAUUCCCACGAUUCUCCAGCAACAUGAGCUCCUCAUCCUCCAACCUGCACAAAAAACGCCUGCCAUCGGACACCGAGAGAGGCCAGAGGCUCCCAGAUGUGGAUGCGGCUCAGCAGCUCAAGCUGAAAGAGAGGCAGCGUUUCUUUGAGGAGGUCUUCCAGCACGAUGUGGACGUCUACCUGUCCUCGGCACACCUGUGCAUCAGAGACUACAAGAGACCUCCCAUUGGCAGCGUCUCGUCUAUGGAGGUGAAUGUGGACAUGCUGGACCAGAUGGAGCUGACUGACAACUCUGACCAGGAGGCUUUGGACGUCUUCUUCAGUUCUGGAGGAGAAGACGAAGGCCUGACGUCCCCACUGCCAGUCCAACGAAACAAAAACAACAACAACGAAGAAGUCAACAGUAAUGGACUCUUUCGACACGUCCUUGAGGGCCUUGACGCCAAGUCCCGCAUGUCCUCCACAUCUUCAACCUCCUCCACCGAAAGCCAGACCAACAAUGCCAACGGUGCGAAUACCCCUGUGGUCGGGUCUGAAGAUGAAGAAAUACACACCCGCACAGUGAGAAGGAGGUUCCCACCUCCAGAGAAAGAAAGGAUGUAAAGUUAGACUCGGUCAUCGUCUUCCUACGCACCCCCCUCUGCGGCAACGGAUCUCCUCCUGCAGGAUGGCAGCUGUCACCUCAGGUCGGGGUAAAGAGACUGUGGUGCAAGACAUUCAAAGGAGCCUCUCAGUUAUGACUGUCUUCCACAAACUGUCGCUUAUCUCUGCCCACAGCCUUUGUUUUGACUGAUGAGUUGUUGGUUGGGUGCUGUGUGGGGUUUGAGGUGGAGACCAUGACCUGUAAAUAUGGAGAUUUCCUAUUAAUAUGAUGGCAUGUUGGAAGGACAAGACCUGCUCCUCUGUCACUUACCUCACAGGAUUUGAAUUUUGUACAGACUUAACACAGAAUAAUAAUAUUAUCAAUGGAUGAGAAAUGUGGUGGAAAAAAUGCUUUAUCAUUGUAACAGUUUUUCAGUUUUUUAGCUGUCGUUUAAAAACAAUCUUUAACAUGGUCUCUUUGUUUUAACAAUAAAGGAAUCUUACUCUCACGUGUUCCCACAAACUGUUCCAGGUAAUUUCAAGCUGCAGUUAAAUUGUAUAGAAGUGCUCUCGUCAUAAAAACAAAUUAUACUUCAGGUGAAGUUUGGCUGCCACAACCUGCAGGGCAGAUUUAUAAAAAAGCUAAAUGAAUGUUUGUUGAAUCACUGAAACGCCAACGACUUAUCUGUUUUACUGCAACGGCCUACACAUCAGUUAUUGGUACGGAAGUUGUGAGUCGCCACAAUAAACACAAUCACAAGAAUCAGAUGUCGGAAAAAUUAAAACGCUACUAUUGACUUACAGGUUAGAUUAAUUACAUUAAUCAUACACACACCCAUGCACACAUAUGGGUGUGGAUAGCAUAGGGGGCAGGGUCUCAUCCUUCUUAACUCGGGGGUCGGAGUCAGUCUUCAAACACUGGAGCUGGAAAUAUUCAACAAGCAUCAUGCUCUGCGUCCUCCUCCUCCUGGUAUGUAGCAACCUUGACUGUCUUUUUGUAAUUAACGUAGAUUUAAUCAAUUUAGCUUAUACAGUAUAUAUACCUCAAAAGGUUAUAAUGUAUUAUUAUUCAUUCUUCAUCUAGAAUCUGUCAAGUUUGUGCCUCAUUUUCCAGCACAGCCAGUAUAAAAGUUUACUGACAUGUAUUUUUGUGCUGUUGAUAUUUCUGUGCAGGUCAUAGACUUUUCUCUACAGAGUUUCAAAUUAGUUCAUAAACUAAUUGGUGAUAAUGCCUGUGUAUUCACUUCAUGUAACUGGUUCACCUACUAUGAAGGUAAUAAGUAAA